GAAAUACUACUACAGCAACCGCUUUAUGUAGCAGAGAGCCUUUAACACUGUCCUGACAUUUCAUGUAGCAACUGAUUGCUUCAUAUCACUGCACAUGUGUGUGCUUUUGCAUGCAUUUGAUUGAUAGUUGUCCUAUUGCUGCAAGAAAGGAUUUCCUGGCAUGCAUGUUCCAGCUACAAAGUCCCUUUGCGCCGCUAUUACCGUACUUACGGUAGCUUAAUUUGCGAUGGGAGGGAUCAGAGGGCCCCCAUACCUCUCUCAUUGUCACUCCGGCUCCCUUCACACACAAGGGUAUUAGUGCCGCUCAGCAGCCUAAAGCUCCAGAAGCCGCUGCCUUGCCCUCCCCUUGAGCCCUCUUCACGUACAAGAAGCUGGAGUAACUGCCCGUCCCCACCAGGUCUGAGCAGACCCCUGAUCCCGGCUCCUUUCAUCCCGACGUGAAGGCAGCUCUCUGAGGUGACGCGUCCCCUCCCCGGCGUCCCAGCAGGCAGGCAUGGCAGACGGUCGACAGCCAGACGAGCACUGGGCCUCAAACGGCCAGGAGAACGGCGAGAAUGGCUACUCCGCCUACAGCUCUGCGUACAGGGAGAACGGAUACCACGGCGGGGCAGCUGCACACCCUGGAACGACAGUGGAUGACUCAGCCAAUUUGCCUCCCUCCCCUCCCCCUUCUCCAUCCGCUGAGCAGAUUGGGCCUGUGGCACAAGACCAGCCAGAAGAACAUGUCAGUAAGGCCUCGUGUGAGUCUGCUGUGAAAGAAGAGGAAACUCAAGAGGCAUCCAUUCGUCAGGAGUGUACAGUUGCAACAGCUGAGGGAGAAGAUGUUGCCUCGAUUGAACCUCACUCCACAUCAAUAAAAGACAAAGAGCUCUCUGAAACCUCCUCAAUUGAGAAGGGUACCCAAGAGGAAAAGGAUAUAGUAGAAGAGUCUGCAAUGACUCACUCGCUUAUGGAGUCUGAAGCAAAAGAAACAAAACAACCUUCACUUGCAGAAACGUUGCCUAGCUGUGAGGAGGAAGAAAGUGAGGAUAACAUCCUAACAAGCAAAUCAGAAACUUGUGAAAUCAAAGAAUUAGCAGGGACAAUAAAUAAGGAAUGUCAAGAUAGCAGCAUGGACAAUACGUUGGAUAAGCCACCAGUGACUGACAUUUGUAAGCAAGAUAGCAUCAAAGCAGGUCCAGAACUACUUACAGAGGUCAAAGACUCAUCAGCACCCGAAACUGGCGCAAAAUCCUACUUUGAGACAUCAAAAACCCAUGAAGAAGAUUCUUCACAAGCCCAGAGCUAUUACGAACUCAGCACAGCGACAGAGACACACUUAACAGGUGAAAUCAAGAGCAAUUUGCAGAAGCCUGAGGAAAAGCAGGAGGCGAUUCAAAAAACAACUUCUGGUGAGAUGACAUUGGAACAAAGUAUUUCCUUAAACAUUAGCGUUGGGUCUUCGGCAGGGCUCACGGUGAAGGGAGAGAAGACAAAAGCCCUUUCAGAAGGUCCAGUUAGUGGAAGUUUUGAUGAACCUGAGGUAUACCCUUCGACACCAUCAGUGGAAAGCCAAUGUCAGUUUCCUCCAUCUGUUACCAUAACACAAACUACCACUGAGUCCUUUGAAGAUGUAUCCAACAACGAAGAAAAUACUUCUAUUUCUAGAUUUGAACGUACGGGCAGCCUCUCUGAGAUGUUGGACCUGGCUGGAGCCCUUCCGUCAAUUGAGAGGAAGGAGCUUGAUCACAUGAGACGAAAGUCCAUGCCUUGCAAUGUCUCCGCUUUGGUAGAGAGAUCUUUGGCCAAGCUUGCCUUGGGGGAUCAAACCUCGGAAGAGGUAGGAGAGGAAAGCCAGCUAGAGGAACUGGGCUAUUGUGUCUUCAAUGAGUACUCAGGGCCUAUGCCUUCUCCAGCUGAUGUACCAAGUCCAGGAGACUCCCCGCACCAGCGUUUUCCCUCUGUAGAGAGUGAGGUCGAGGAGGAACUUGGCACAAAAGUAGUUGAGGAUGUUCAAAAGGCAGAGCAACAAGAAGAUCAUAAAGGAACUGUCCCUGAGAUUGCUCAAAAAAUAGUGCUUGAAAAGAGAGAUACACCAGUAAAGUCUUCCUUGAUUCUUGAAAGAGCUGUGCCAAGCGGAAUAAAACCUGAUCGCCUAAGAAUACCGAUGACUUCUACAAAAGACAGACUGACUGAGUUUCGUUUGGAGACAGGCCUACCUGGUGACAUACAGAUCCAAGCAAUCCCUGAGGUAGAUGUUGAAAAAGACCCCUCGAGAGAGGCAUCUCCUAUCCCACCAGACAUCUCCUUUACUUUCAGUUCUUUGGAAACUGGAAUCAGAACUCCAACACCCAGAUCCCCAGAUGAUACAAAAUCAGAAACCCAAGCCACUGAACUGAAGCCAAGGAAAGAUGACUUACCAGAGGACCAGGGAAAGAACGAGCCAGAGUCUGAGGGGACUGAUCAUAGAGCCACCAAGUUAGAAAUGGAAUUGGAGAAAUCUGUAUGGAAGGAAUUGAAGGAAACCAGUGAGGACCAAGAAAUGGAAAACCAAAACAUACCUUUACCAUAUCGGUCUUCAGUAGAGGGCACAGAAACAGGUGACGGUGGGAUACCUGUGAGAUUGGAUGGAAAAGAAAAGCAAGAAACCCCCACAGCUGGUCAGGAUUUAAGCACUGAAAAGCCCUUUGAAGAUAAAUUGAAGUUACCAAAAGAUAAAAGUUCACCAAAGCUAACAAUAUCCUCCCCAAUUAUCAUCAUACCACAAGCCCAAGUAGAAGAAGAAGAAGAAGCAGAUGAAGACGAUGAUAUUGAGAUUGCUGAAGAGCCUCAAGAGAUGAUGGAGGAACCUGAAGUGCCUGUGCUCUCCAAGAAAGAUAAAGCAAUAGGAGAUAUUGGGACGGUAGAGCAAAAGACAGUACAGGUAACGCUGAUGGUAGAGGAUCAGCUGGUGGAUGAAGAUCCAAAGUCUGGAGCAGAAGAAUGGAGUCAUAGUGCCCACAACAGUGAUGGGGAGCCUGCCACGGACAGUUCACACCUGUCUCCAUGCUCAGAGCAUGAUCAAGCAGUUGAAGGUGGUAGAGAAGAUGGAAUGCAGGAGGCUAAAGUAGCACAUAUAAGUAAGGAUGAACAGAGUGAAGAUAAGGUUCAGUUGGUAGAAAAGGACCAACUACUUGGGGAAGAAGUGGAGGAAGUUUGUUCCGAUAAGGUACUUGAAGAGAGAGAGUUCAAAACCAAAGAAGAUGGUAACAGGGAAGAGAGGUUGGGUAAGGAUGGGGAGGAGAAAGACAUUGAGAUUGGUCAGGAAGUGGAGGAGACCUCAGACGUUUCCUGCCAAGUGGCUAACGAUGAAACCACUAUGGACGUCUCCAUCCUAGAUACAGACAGUGGCUGGAUUGACUCACAAGAUGAUGACAAAAGUAUCGUGACAGAGCAAAUCGAAGCCCUUCCUCAGAUCCAGAGUCCUACCAUUGCACCUGUGGUGGACAAACCCGCUAAACGGGCCCCUGGCAGAGGAAGGGGCCGUCCUGGUGUUACUGAGGGUAAAGUGUUUCGAAAAGGACCCAGCCAACGUCCACCAAGAGAGGAGAUCAAGAAGAAAAAAGUAGUCGUGAGGAGGGUUGACCAGAAUAAGGUGUUAGCCCUCCAAAGUCGUUCUCCAUCUCGAAAGAGUGUAGCCAAAGUGGCGGCCAGACAUCCUAGGCCUGCUCUGCUUCACGGCUCUGCUAGACGCAAGGCCACAGGUAUGGAAAGCCAUCAGCCCCUCAGCGUGGCCCACCAGUCCAGGGAGAGGACCACUGAGAGAGCAUACCGCAGCCCCGAGAAAAGGUCGUCCCUGCCCAGGCCUGCCAAGUCUCUGACGCGCCACAUCCCUGCUGCUGAACAGGACGACAACAGCACCCCCUCCAGGCCAACCUCGUUCCAGUCCAGAGCGGACAACAGGUCUGGAAGAGCCACAGGCACAGAAUCGGCUCGUUCCCGAUCGGUCCGCAGCGGCGCCUCCACCCCUGGCUCCACCGCCGUCACACCCGGCACACCCCCAAGUUACUCCUGCCGCACUCCUGGCUCACGCACCCCCGGCAGCCACACGCCCAAGUCCUUCAGCGUCCUCCAGGAGAAGAAGGUGGCGGUGAUCCGAACCCCGCCGAAGUCCCCGUCCUCCGCCCAGCGGCAGCUGAAGGUCCUCAAUCAGCCCCUGCCUGACCUGAAGAAUGUAAAGUCCAAGAUCGGGUCGACAUCCAACCUCAAGCACCAGCCAAAAGGCGGACAGGUCAUGAUCCCGAGUGUCAAACUGGACUUCAGCCACGUUCAGGCUAAGUGUGGCUCCCUGGACAAGAUCCAGCAUGCGGCGGGAGGCGGAAACAUCCAAAUCCAGACCAAGAAGAUCGACUUGAGCCACGUCACCGCCAAAUGUGGCUCCAUGUCCAACAUCCGCCACAGACCAGGCGGAGGCAACGUGCGCAUUGAGAAUGUGAAGCUGGACUUUAAAGACAAGGCCCAGCCCAAGAUCGGCUCCCUGGGCAACACCAGCCACACUCCUGGAGGCGGGAACGUCAUGAUCGAGAGCCACAAACUGUCUUUCCGUGAAACAGCCAAAGCUCGGGUGGAUCACGGCGCGGAAAUCAUCGUCACCCACUCCCCCGGCGUCGAGACGGGUGGCACCUCCCCUCGUCUGUCCUCCACCGGCAGCAUCAACCUGGAGUCACCGCAGCUCUCCACGCUGGCCCAGGAUGUCACCGCCGCCCUCGCCAAACAGGGCUUAUGAGCUGUCUGCUUCGGCCCCUUCCCCCCCUUUAAAAAAAAUCCACACCAUCACUUCUCCUCCUCCUAUCAUUCACUCAUCCAGUGUUCUCCCACGGUCCUUAAAUGCAACAUGACACCUACUCUCGAUCCCACAGUUGUAGUUGAUCGACUUUCUCGUCCAUCAACGGCUUUUCCAUUCCUUCCAGCAAGAUUUUAGAAACGGAAUCAUUCUCCAUUCACUCCCUUAAAAAAAAAAAAGAAAAUGCCCAGCCACUCCUUUAUUUCUUUUUAAUUAUUUCUUUCCACUGAAAUAUGGGAUUUUUUUGUUUUGUCCUUCCUAGCUUGAUUGUAAGGAUGUUACGAUUUGAGUGGGUGUUUCUGUCUGAGAAGGCAUUGAGCGGUUUUUACGAUUGUACAGUGUUUUUUUUUUUUGUUUUUGUAGCUUGUAAAGCAUCACGUCCCACUCCAAUAAAAUCAACUCAUAUAUUAUCUCCAUCCAGAAUUUAAAGGAUGCAAGAUACAGCGUCUUAAAGCUACAACCGCGCGAGUGGACAUGCCGUGUUUCUGCUCCUGCAGAAGAAUGGCUGAUUAGCAUGUAUGCUAAUGUGACGACAUGAAUUCUGUUGGUUGGUUGGUUCAUGAUUUUCUGAUAUGUGCUGAAUUGUUGGACAAAUUGUGUUUUCUUUUUAUAUAUAUGUCACUGUAGUGGAAGUUGUUACAGUUUUUUGUACAUUCCCUGUGGCUGCACUGGCUUAUUAGCACGUAAGCUAAUGCAGUUGUGUUGCUAAAAGGCUAGCUUUUCAAUAGUUCUUGUUAAUGCAAACCAAUUGGCUGCUCUGUUUGUUCGGUUUCUACAUUAGCUCUGUGAUUUUAUUAGGCUACAACGAUGCUGUUAUGCUGGCAUGGCAAAUACAUGAUACAUAAAUUAGAUCUAUUUGGAGCACUCUUAAACUUUUAAGCCUGAGUGGAUGCAUUUUAGUUUUCAAGGUCAGAUACACAGAUUCCCUAAAAGGCUCUGUGACAUUUUUCUUCUUUUUUUUGCAGAGUUGUGCAAUGUUUCUUUGAACGGGCGACUAAGCCAAAAGUUAAGUUUAAAAAGUGGAAGCUUUAUAUGAAAACAUUCCAGUGAAAGAGCAGCUACCUGGCCCUUUUUUGUAGGACAAAACUUUUCUGGAAGUGAAAGCAGAAAUCACCCUCAACCUGCAGCUGUUAGAAAUCCUAUUAAAGAUGUUAAAUAAAAAAAAAACAACUAAUUUCUCUGCUCACCAUUGUACAACUCCUCUGCCUCCCCGUCCACCUCCCCUGAUGUCGGUUAUACCUCUAGUGUUUUCUGUGCUUCCUAUACGCUCGCCUCCCUCCUCCUCCCCCCCCCCCAGUCCUACAUUUUGCCUGUGUAAGUGUAUUUAAAAGACCUUGUAGAUGUGUGCACACUUUUCCGAUGUUUGAGACAUACUGAUGACAAAUGCUCCUACAGGAUGAAACAGAAAUAAAGAAAAUAAAAACUGA